AUGAAGCUUGUCAGGUUCGUAACGCCGGUUUUCACCUCUCAAAACUACCUUUACCGGGGGUCGCAUUCGCCCCAGAGCGUCGGCGGGUCCCUUGCUGUUGUUGCUGUUGUAAACGUGGAGAAAAGUUGCGGUUUUGCUGACGACCAGUGGAUCAGAUUUUUGAUGAAAUGCGCGAAUGAAUCGGUCACGAUCGAACUCAAGAAUGGCACCAUCGUGUCCGGCACCAUCACGUCGGUGUCUCCGCAGAUGAACACGGCCCUGCGGGCGGUCAAGAUGACGAUCAAGAACCGGACGAACCCUACGGCGCCUGGCGACACCGUCAGUCUCGACACGAUCAACAUCCGCGGCUCGACCAUCAGAUACUACAUCCUGCCGGACUCUCUGCCCCUCGACACGCUGCUCAUCGACGACCAGCCGAAACCGAAGAACAAGGCGAGAAAGGAAGGCGAUUCACGCGGUCGAGGAGGUAGAGGUGGCGGGAGAGGGCGGGGAAGAGGAGGUGGGCGUGGACGUGGCAGAGGGAGAGGCUUUUAG